AUGGCUCAUUUCCACGACCCUAGCAUGCCAACCAUGCCCGUCGACAGUCUCCAAGCUAGACUAAAUGGUUUUGUCGCAGAGCUACGACAAGUCAAAGAGCAUGUGGCAUCCCUGAAUAAGGAUCCAAUUAUCGGUCUGGACCGUCUGUUGGAGGCAAACGAGAAAGCCCUAGCUCCUGGCAUUUUUGGCUCGCGAUUUCGCCAUGUUGCUCGCAACAAUAUCGACUUCGACUCCAGACUUUGGAACAUAGUGAAGCGGUGUCGCGGUUUAGUUGCUCUAAAGCAAAGCUACCGCGCCGAUUGGGACUUUGUGCUCGAACGGCCUGCAGAGACACACGCGUUCAUGAGUGAAAAGCAGAAAGUUGCUUCCUCGGAUGGAAUUAACACCGGCGCAUCUCGCGCUGAUCACCCGCACGUAACAGUUGACGCCGUCGUGGACGGGGGUGCGACCUGGAUUCGUUUACUGACCAUUUCCGAGCAACGGAUUCUCUUAGAGCUAGCCGACUCGGGCGCCUGGGAUUUCGAGUGCGAUUCCGCGGCUGGAUCUGAUGAUGAGUGUUCUGAUUCUAAACGUCGCUCAUGUCAUUGUGGACAUGAUUGCGAUUCCAUCAAGACUUUCGGCAAAGCAAAUGCGGUUGUCAUGGCCGCAAGGAAUCAGAGAUUCAAGUAUCGCCACCCGCGCGUGCACAUCCUGUUUCCCAAGCUGGAAGAGGGCAAAAUUGAACAAAUCGACCGUGUCAUAGAGCGAAUCCGCCAGCUUGGGGACGACCAUCUCACUGUUAUGGUAGAUUGUGCCAACAGCGCUUUUCUCCGGAACGCACACGCCUCGCCUCCCCUUUAUCGCGUCCUGUCAACUUUACCGGUUGAUGAGCUCCAAUAUAUCACCCGGACCGUCAAUCUCGAUAUUUCAUGGCUCAUAGCCCUGACCUCAGACUUGUCCCACGAGCCAUCGUCAAAACCAUUUGCCAGUGGGUGCCUGAGCCUGUCCGUCGGUGACGCCAAAACCCCAGCCUCUAUACGAGAGGCUUGCGGUCGCAGUCUCUGUAUGACUCUAUACCCAACACUGGCUUCACGCAGACUUGUCUGCACCCGCAGCGCCGCAGAGAGGGUGUGGACUAUUGCCAAGACACUUGCGACCCCCGCAGAAUUGGAACGACUCCGGCUUUUGGUACCUUUGGCAAAGGAAGAUGUAACCGCCGCCAGGAACCGAGGACCCAGAGAGACACGAAGGAGAUUGGCUGAUAUGUCGGUUCACAGCGUUCCUGAGGAUGUUUGCCUGCCAGUCUACACCGAGGACGACGAUUGGGUGCAGGAUACCGAUUCACUCAUCCAGUCAGGCAAAUUGCCGAGAGUUUCUCCAGCAGUGGCCGAUAAACUGGAAGAGCCUAACCGAUCAAUCUUCUUGUUUGGUUGGGCCAAGGGGUACACCACCUUGACAGCAAAUUCGGCCAUGGUCAAUCGCAUCAAGAGGACUUUGGAGCUUAACCGCACCGGUGCUCGCGAACGUGGUCCUGACGUAUUUGUCCGCUGGGUGACAAGAUCAUUUGAUGCCAAGGAGAAACCGCACGUUAGCGCCGGAACCAAAGGCGUAGUGGCGCGAGCUUGA